CUGCGACCUCACACUGCAGAGUUUCCACUUCAGAAAUGCGGAUUUGGUCUGCUUCUGCUCUGGACUCCAGUGUUUGUUCUGACGGAUGGUGUUUGGUCUUGAUGUGGAGUCUCGCUCGCGGGUCGCUAACCAGCGCGGUGCAUUGGCUGGAAGGUGCCGACACGUUGUCGUAUUUCUAAUUUCUUUAUUUCAAGCAAAACUCACAUUUUCCAGAAAUGCUCUUCAAAACUGGCUACAGUCAGGAGCUCCAGUCCAGUUUCAGGUCUGGUCAUCAGUGGAGCCAUCGCUGCCUGUAAACACUUGAUUUACUACAUACUGUGCGUCGUCGUACCGUGCACCCCUGAAGUGUUCACUAUUCCCAAAGUGAGUUUCGCUGCUAAACGCUAGCAUGCUAAACGCUAGCAUGCUAAACGGCUGCAAACUGUGGAAUGGACUCGCGCUGCGGCUACUGAGUCGAGCCAUCAAAACCAACCCGGACCUCCUCCCCGCCACUCCCUGGACCAACAUCCUGUACGACGACUUCUGGGGGACCCUGCUCACCCACAGCGGCAGCCACAAGUCCUUCCGCCCUCUCUGCACUCUGUCCUUCAGACUCAACUACGCUCUGCACCACCUGCGUCCCUGGGGCUACCACCUGACCAACCUGCUGCUCCACGGACUGGUCACCGCGCUGUUCACCGCCUUCGCUCGCCCCCUGCUGGGCGGAGGGCUGUGGACGCUCCUGGCGGGUCUCCUCUUCGCCUCCCACCCCGUGCACAGCGAGGCGGUGGCGGGCGUGGUGGGGCGGGCCGACGUGGGCGCGGCGCUCUUCUUCCUGCUGUCCCUGCUCUGCUACGUGAGACACUGCGGGCUGCGCGGCCUCCCCAACAGAACCGGCGCCCGCUGGGCUUGGAUGGUCAGCAGCCUGUGGUGCGCCGCCUCCAGCAUGCUGUGGAAGGAGCAGGGCGUGACUGUGCUGGCCGUCAUGGCGGUGUACGACCUCUUCAUCGUCCACAGGCUCCGGCUGCGGCAGGCGCUGCUGCUGCUGCUGGGAAAGCAGAGAGACGGGGCCCUGCAGCGGAGUCUGGGGGUGGUGGCCUCCUGGGGCCUGCUGCUGCUCGCCGCUCGUCUCUACUGGAUGGGCAACAAGACGCCACACUUCUCCAACUCUGACAACCCAGCGGCGGAUUCCCCUCACCUGCUCACGCGGCUGCUCACCUUCCUCUACCUGCCGACGGCCAACGCCUGGAUCUUGCUCUGCCCCGCUGAGCUCAGCUUCGACUGGUCCAUGGACGCGGUGCCGCUGGUCCGCUCUCUGGCCGACUGGAGGAACCUUCACUCCGCGGCCUUCUACUUUGCCUUGGUGCUGCUGCUCUGCUUUGGCUUUCACGGCCCGGUCUCGGCGGCGCAGGAGGUCCCGGACCCAGCUGCUGAUGAAGAGCAGUCGGUCAGUAAUGGAAAUGGUCUCUGUGGCCUGGACUCCAACCACAACACGCAGCCGGGACCAACCAAGACCAGCCAGAACGGCUCGGCCAGACACGCUGGGCCCACGUCCUUACCCCCCACUGAAAAGCUGGUUCUGCUGUGCCUGGGCCUGCUGGCUCUGCCCUUCCUGCCGGCCUCCAACCUCUUCUUCUACGUGGGCUUUGUCAUCGCCGAGCGGGUUCUCUACAUCCCCAGCAUGGGCUUCUGCCUGCUGGUGGCUGCUGCAGUCAGGAGCUUGUUUUCCCGCCUGAGGACUUGGGGCAGCCGGACUGCUCUGCUGUGUCUCUGCGUGGGGCUCCUGGUGCUGAACGGACUGCGGACCGUUCAGAGGAACAGAGACUGGAACAACGAGGAGAACCUGUACAGGUCUGGGAUCAGCGUCAACCCUGCGAAAGCCUGGGGGAACCUGGGGAACGUCCUGAAGAACCAGGGGAAGAUGGAGGAGGCGGAGAGGGCCUACAGGAACGCGCUGCACUAUCGAGGGAACAUGGCCGACAUGCUGUAUAACUUAGGUUUGCUGCUGCAGGAGAACAGCAGGUUGACUGAGGCCCUCCACUACUACAGACAGGCCAUCGGGAGUCGCCCCACUCUGGCGUCGGCCUACUUGAACACGGGAAUCAUCCUGAUGAACCAGGGCAGGACGGAGGAAGCCAAGCGGACCUUACGGACGUGCGCCAACAUUCCUGACGAGAACCUGAAGGACCCUCACGCCCACAAGAGCUCGGUCACCAGCUGCCUGUACAACCUGGGGAAGCUGCUGCACGAGCAGGGCCAGUACCAGGAGGCGCUGCAGCUCUACAUGGAGGCCGUGAAGAAGAUGCCGCGACAGUUCGCACCGCACAGCCUUUACAACAUGAUCGGAGAAGCCUACAUGAGACUCGCCAUGCUGGAGGAGGCUGCCCACUGGUACAGAGAGUCCCUGAGGUCCAAACCUGACCACAUUCCUGCUCACCUGACCUACGGGAAGCUCCUAUCCACUCUGGGCCGGACGUCCGAAGCCGAGACCUUCUACCUGAGAGCCAUCGAGCUGGACCCGAGGAAAGGCAACUGCUACAUGCACUAUGGCCAGUUCUUGCUGGAGCAGUCGCGCCUGGGCGAGGCCGGCGAGAUGGCGGAGCGGGCGGCGCACCUGGACGCCGCCGAGUUUGAUGUGGUCUUCAGCGCGGCUCACAUGCUCAGACAGGCGAGUCUCAACCAGGCGGCCGAGCGGCUUUAUCAGCAGGCGGCUGGUCUCCGGCCAGACUUCCCCGCGGCCCUCAUGAACCUGGGCGCCAUGCUGCACCUGAACGGGAAGCUUCCUGAAGCCGAGGCCAGCUACCUGCGCGCUCUGCGGCUCAAGCCUGAUGAUGUCAUCACCCGCGCCAACCUGCGCAAGCUGUGGAACAUCAUGGUGAGACAGGGGCUCCGCGCCCACCGCCCGGACCUCGGCUGAGGAGCCGCGAGAUCCUGACUUGGCGCUCCACGUCCUGCCCGGGGGAGAGGGAGGUCUGGGCUUCUUGACUCGGAGCGCUGCCCCUGCGACAAGGCCUCCGCUCCACAGAAGGAGACAGCUGCGUGUGGUGUUGUGGAAGCUUGGAUCAGGUGACAGGAAGCAUCAGGGCCAGCCGGAUCCCACUGUGACUAGGACACUUCCCACUGUUGCCUGAGCCGCCCGACUCGUUCAUGUGUGCACAACCUGGGACACAAGCUGUGUCUGGGUGGCCUUGUUUAUCUUUGUGGGGACCAGCUCUUGACUAAACCCUGUCCUUGUGAGGACCGUAGGAGCUUGUAGGGACAGGUUCUAACUGGGUUGCAGUCCUGGUUCAGGUCAGCCCCGUGUCUUAUGGAGGGUCAGGUUCCAGGGCACAGGCUGGCUCAGUGAGAGCUCCCCACAAAGAUGGAAGAUGGACGCUGUGUGUGGAGUGAUAGUUGAGGUGCGAGUGAGAGGAAUGUUUUUGUCUCAGAUUCUGUUUUCAGACGUCGACUGAUAAAAAGGUGCCAAACUC